AUGAUUGGACCAAAAUGUAAGACCCACUCACUGGCCCAAGCGGAAGGCGGUGGUGAAGGCGAGUGCUUCCCGCGCCAUUCUUUUGGACUCUCGCCCGUGAUCCAUACGACCAUUCUACAACUUUCUCCAUCACACAUCUCACCGACCGCCACCAUGUCUACCGCCGCCCGCCGUCGCUUGAUGCGCGACUUCAAACGUAUGCAGACUGAUCCUCCCGCUGGCGUUUCUGCCUCGCCCGUCCCCGACAACGUCAUGACCUGGAACGCCGUGAUUAUUGGUCCCGCCGAUACUCCAUUCGAAGACGGUACCUUCAGACUCGUUAUGCAGUUCGAGGAGCAGUACCCCAACAAGCCACCUGCGGUCAAGUUCAUCAGCCAGAUGUUCCACCCGAACGUCUACGCUACUGGAGAGCUUUGCUUGGAUAUCCUGCAGAACCGCUGGAGUCCCACGUAUGAUGUCGCGGCUGUGUUGACGAGCAUUCAGAGUUUGCUUAACGACCCAAACACGGGCUCCCCGGCGAACGUUGAAGCGUCGAACCUCUACAAGGACAACAGGAAGGAGUACACGAAGCGGGUUCGUGAGACUGUCGAGAAGAGCUGGGACGAUUAA